AUGUUUAGGAGCAGGUGGUCUGCAACAUUCAAGAAUGGAAGGACUGGUUGUGGAUGGCAAGAGCAUCUGAAGGGCCUCAUAAAGGCUCAUCAUCAGCAGGCAGCAGAAGCGGUGGAUCUUGAAGCCAGGGGAUCUACAAGGCCCAUGCUCAUAGACAGCAGAGUGGAAUCUGACUAUGAAGAUGUGGAAGAUAAGGAAGAGGAAGGAGAUGAGGAGCAGGUGCUGGGUGGAGGCGUUGGAGUGCUUCUUAUGCAUCAAGAGGAUGCUGUAGGGAAUGGCAGUCAUACUGCUGCUACACCCACCAGUAUGGUAGGUAUGAACCCUCCUACUGUCAACAGGUCCAACACUGGAUAUGCCUCAAUUCUUGUGGAGGCUGUCACCAGCAACAUGUGCAACAUUGCCGCAGUUCUCCUCACCGUCAAGGAGAACAACCAUGAAACGGACACCAUCCAAGCUUCGAUGGGAGAUAUAUGCACCAUACAGAUGGACACCUCCCCUGGUACUGGCAGUGCAGCAGAUAUGGAUGGUGGGGAGAACCCAGCUGCUGGCAGAGGUGGAAUGUCUAGCGGGGUGCAGGCUGGACAAUGA